AACAUUCACAACUCAGUUGCUUCAUUUCUAGAACCUUCCGCUUGUCCUCUCUCUUUCUCCUAAAACCCCUCCUCACAAUCUCUCUUAUCUUCUCAUCUCUCCCAUUUCUAGGGUUUUAAAAUCUCUCUCAACUCUCUCCCAAAUUACAAUCCAAACCAGGGCCUCUUAGACUUCUAAUCUUUCUACAAACUCCGAAAUGGCUUCCACAGCAGCUCAAAUCCAUCCCCUCGGACCCAAUUACAGUCCCAACCCGACCCGACCCGCCUCAAAAUCCGCGUUCUUGGGAACCUCCGUAUCGUUCACAAACCCCAAAUCAUCACUCCCGAGGCUCAGAAAAUGCAGUAACAGAAGGAACCAUAGUUUUCGAGUGGCGGCGGAGAAAGUUGUGGGGAUUGAUUUGGGGACUACUAAUUCAGCUGUGGGUGCAAUGGAAGGCGGGAAGCCUGUGAUUGUGACCAAUGCUGAAGGGCAGAGAACGACACCGUCUGUCGUGGCGUAUACGAAGAAUGGGGAUAGAUUGGUGGGGCAAAUUGCGAAAAGACAGGCUGUGGUGAACCCGGAGAAUACGUUCUUUUCGGUUAAGAGGUUUAUUGGGAGGAAAAUGAUUGAGGUUGAUGAGGAGGCUAAGCAAGUUAGUUAUAAUGUGGUUAGGGAUGAUAAUGGGAAUGUUAAGCUUGAUUGUCCCGCGAUUGGGAAGCAAUUUGCUGCCGAGGAAAUUUCUGCUCAGGUUUUGAGAAAGCUCGUAGAUGAUGCAUCAAAGUUUUUGAAUGAAAAAGUAUCAAAAGCCGUCGUUACAGUUCCGGCAUACUUUAAUGAUUCCCAGCGUACAGCUACAAAGGAUGCAGGUCGAAUUGCUGGCUUAGAGGUUCUGCGAAUUAUUAAUGAACCUACAGCGGCAUCUUUGGCUUAUGGUUUUGAAAGGAAGAACAAUGAAACUAUUCUCGUUUUUGACCUUGGAGGAGGAACAUUUGAUGUUUCAGUUCUUGAAGUCGGUGAUGGAGUGUUUGAGGUGCUUUCGACCUCUGGAGAUACACAUCUGGGUGGUGAUGACUUUGAUAAAAGAAUUGUCGAUUGGCUUGCAUUAAGUUUUAAAAAUGAUGAGGGCAUAGAUCUUUUAAAGGACAAACAAGCUCUACAGCGUCUAACAGAGACAGCAGAGAAAGCUAAGAUGGAGCUAUCGACUCUGACCCAGGCAAAUAUUAGUUUGCCUUUCAUUACUGCCACUGCGGAUGGUCCCAAGCACAUAGAAACUACUUUGACAAGGGCGAAGUUUGAGGAACUAUGCUCAGAUCUCCUCGAUAGGCUUAAAACUCCUGUUCAAAAUUCCUUGAGGGAUGCAAAGCUAUCAAUUAGUGAUAUAGAUGAAGUGAUCCUUGUUGGUGGUUCAACCCGUAUUCCUGCUGUUCAGGGAGUUGUGAAAUCUUUAACAGGAAAGGAUCCCAAUGUUACUGUCAAUCCUGAUGAGGUGGUUGCUCUAGGAGCUGCAGUUCAGGCUGGCGUGUUGGCUGGGGACGUUAGUGAUAUUGUUCUUUUGGAUGUAACACCACUUUCAAUUGGACUGGAAACUCUUGGUGGUGUUAUGACAAAGAUCAUUCCGCGGAACACAACCCUGCCCACUUCAAAAUCAGAGGUAUUCUCAACAGCUGCUGAUGGGCAAACUAGUGUUGAUAUCAAUGUCCUUCAGGGUGAGAGGGAAUUUGUUAGGGACAACAAAUCUCUUGGGAGCUUCCGUCUUGACGGAAUCCCACCAGCUCCACGCGGAGUUCCCCAGAUUGAAGUCAAAUUUGACAUUGAUGCAAAUGGUAUUUUGUCUGUUACUGCUGUUGACAAGGGUUCUGGGAAGAAGCAAGAUAUUACCAUUACCGGGGCUAGCACCCUGCCUAGUGAUGAGGUAGAAAGAAUGGUCUCGGAAGCUGAGCGAUUUGCUAAGGAAGACAAGGAAAAGAGAGAUGCGAUAGACACGAAGAACCAGGCAGAUUCUGUUGUGUAUCAGACCGAGAAGCAGCUCAAGGAGCUUGGAGAAAAGGUUCCUGUAGAAGUGAAAGAGAAGGUCGAAGCAAAACUCGAGGAAUUAAAAAAGGCUAUUACAGAAGGUGAGACUCAAGUGAUAAAGGACGCCAUGGCUGCCUUGAACCAAGAAGUCAUGCAGCUAGGCCAGUCCCUCUACAACCAACCUGGUGCUACACCUGGGGCUGAUCCUGCCGCAGGUGGAGCAGAUGGUCCAUCAGAAGCAUCGAACAAGGGACCGGAAGGAGAUGUUAUUGAUGCAGAUUUCACAGACAGCAAAUGAUAAGACAAACCUAGUAAGCGUUUUUGGUCAUGACUUUUUCUAAACGGAAACGUUUUUCUCAUUCUUGGAGCUCGACACUUGUCCGAGGGGAUUUUUUUCCAGAAAUUGCAUGAUUACUGGGAUUUACUUCCUGUAACAUGUGAAUCUUUUGGCUUUGAGAAAAAGUGCUUAUUGGAUAACAGAGGAUUAUUAUGCGUCUUAAAGUAGGUUGUAUGAUAGGUAAAAUGUGGAGUAGCAAACAAAGUUGAAAUUAUUCCUAAGGAGUCCCUGUUCCUCUUUGGUUGGUUAAAUACUUAUAUGGUAUUCCAGAAAUGCAGAAUCAUGCAAUAAAUAAUUAUCCUUGUAUGGAGAGUAUUGUGUUUUUUUGAAGCUGUGAUUUGCGGCACAUGAAAACUUUAACUGGUCUUUUUUCCUUGAA